CUUGGUUUUCCCUCUCGUUACGACCCCUCCCUCGAGCUUGUCGCUCCUUCCCCUCGCUUCAUCCCCUCGUUCAUACUCCCUUCGCUUGCUCUAUCUCUCUGGGUCUCUCGCACUCCCAAGCAACCCAACUUCGAGCCGCUGUAUUGCCACCUACGACAUCAUGUUCAAGCUCGCAGCUCUCGUUUCCCUCCUCCCCUUCCUGGCAACCGUGAACGCCCACGGCCAGCUGUUCAACGUAUAUGCCGACGGCAACACAAAGAUUGCGCCCAACCUCUACUACGAUGGUGACAAGGCGAACACGGACACGCCCAUCCGCAAGAUGUACAAGGCCAGCGAGCAAGCCUACGUUCUCCCGGGCGACUUCUCGGACAACUCGAAGAUGUCCUGCGAGGGCUUCGGUAGCGCAGGUGCCCCUUCGUCGCUUACCGUCGCUGCGGGCAGCUCGGUUACGCUUCAGUGGUCUGGCUCCACCUCCGAGCUUACUUGGGUUACGUCCGUCCCGGAUGGCGCGCAGGCAUGGGUUCACGGUACGGGUCCCAUCAUAGACUACCUCACGUCCUGCAACGGUGACUGCAAGGAUGCGGACGUCACAAACGCCGGUUGGACGAAGAUCGAUGAGUUCGGCAUCGACUUCUCGCAGACCAUCUCCGAUGACUUGCGCAAUGCGCUCGCUUCCAAGCCCGAACCUUACCACCCUGAUGGCCCUGGUCUCUGGGCAGCUGCCAAGAUGAUCCAAGACGGUUCCAAGUGGACGGUUAACAUCCCCGCUGGCCUCGCCCCUGGCGGCUACAUCCUCCGCCACGAGCUCUACGCCCUCCACAACCCGAAGAAGGACGGCGACGGCACCUCGGGCCCGCAGGGCUACAUCGCGUGCGUGCAGCUCGACGUCACUGGCGACGGCACGACCACGCUUCCCGAGGGUACCCAGGCCGGCCAGCUGUACGACCCCAACGGCGACUUCGCCAACUUCGACCUCUACCAGGACGGCCAGAUCUCCAGCUUCAAGGUGCCUGGCCCCGCGGUCUGGGAUGGCGCUACCAGCGGUGGCAACUCGGGCGGCGACAACUCGAACUCGGGUGACAACGGCGAUUCCGGUGACAACGACGGUGGCAACGGUGACUCCGGCAACAACAAUGGCGGCGACAGCAACAACGGCGCCGCCAGCUCGGGCGACAACAACGGCUCGGGCGACGCCUCGACCUCGGAGUGGUCUGAGCCGACGUCGUCCGCGAGCGCGCCGCAGUCCAGCGCGACCAAGCAGUGCCGCCAGCGCAAGCGCAGCGAGAAGAAGCGCUCCGUGUCGAAGCGCGCGCAUGCUAACAACCGCCGUCUCAACGCCCACUGAGUGCUGUAGUACGGAUGCUAUGGCGCUCACGCUGCUUCGCAGUCCCUACCUCGUUGAUGUAGAUACCCUGGGCUGUACUUUCACCCUGACGUUGUAUACCCUCAUGUACUUUGUUGCUCCCUCUCUCGAUCACCUUAUGCCUGGCGCCUACUGUACAUACUUACAGCUCGCGCGCAGUCCCGGUGGCUGCACGUUCCAUAUCCCGGCGGUCACUGGGACGGCGUUUUUCGUUCACUCGUAAUGAUGUUGGGCUUGGGAAUCGAUAUGUUUGCUAAAUCUUGGAAUUCUGCGUUCGUCGACAUAAACAUAGGGAAAGGGAUACAUGCUCGACUGGCUGAUUAAGGCG